AUGACACCCGCUACUAAAAUUAUAGUCAUAAUAUUCUUGAUGGAGAUAAAGUGUAAAAACGUUGACACAUUACCGGAGGUGAAAAGUGAAGUAGAUUCAAUUAAAGGCAACUUGAAAAAAAGUGUCGUCAACUAUUUCAUUUGUUUUGAUUCUUACAAAUGUAACAGUGAGAUUUUGUGGCGUUGUUUCAAUUUAAAAAUGUGGAAAAAGCGUAAAAGAGUGUAUGAUAUCGUAUCCAAGUCUGUCAAGUUGAGACUGAAGAGGAAUGCAGUGGACUUUGACGUUGGGUAUGUCAUACGCGGCAAAAGUUCUAAUGACGGAGAAAUCGUAAAUAAGCCAACAGAGUCUGUGUUAAUCCGGAGAUUUAAGGAGCGAUGGCCUAUAUACCUGUGGCGUCAGUAUGGACUAUUUACGGACGACUACCUUCAGAACAUAAACCCCCACUGGUUGCGCUUUCCACCCCCGGACCCUCUGGUGUAUCGCGCACUGGGAGCUCUCUAUAUAGUGUUGGGAGUAGCUGGCAUCUUCGGGAAUUUUAUGGUCGUCUUUAUGUACUUUAGAUGCCGCACACUUCGAACUCCCGGAAAUAUUCUGGUGGCCAACCUAGCGCUCAGCGACUUCCUGAUGUUAGCAAAGACACCGAUUUUUAUUUUCAAUUCAUUUAACCUAGGCCCAGCGCUGGGAAAGUAUGCUUGCGUGGUGUACGGAUUCGUCGGUGGAUUAAGUGGUACGACGUCUAUAGCCACCCUCACCGCCAUUGCUCUGGACCGCUACUGGGCCAUAGUGCACCCUCUGGAACCUCUGAGGGCGCUGACAGCUAUCCGCGCUCGAUUAUUCGCCGUCGGUGCCUGGCUCUACGCCGGAAUCUUUUCUACCAUACCAGCUUUAGAUAUAGGAUACGGCCACUAUGUACCUGAAGGGUUUCUCACAAGCUGUAGCUUUGAUUACCUAACAGACGAAAUCCCACCUCGCUAUUUUAUUUUUGUAUUUUUUUGCGCCGGCUGGCUUGCCCCUUUAUGCAUAAUAUCCUUUUGUUAUACGAGAAUUCUGUGCAUUGUUUCUGGCACAAGAAAUAUGUCAAGCAAGAAUCAAGAGCAAAGACUUUCAUCAAGGCACGUAAAGGAGCAAACAAAACGCAAAGCAGAACUUAAAUUGGCAUUCCUUGUGAUAGUUGUUAUAGCAUUAUUCUUUGUUUCGUGGACGCCUUAUGCUGUAAUCGCAUUACUUGGCAUAUUUGGAAAAAGAGACUUAAUAACGCCUCUGACAUCAAUGAUACCAGCUCUAUUUUGCAAAACUGCUGCCUGCAUUAAUCCUUUCAUUUAUAUAAUCACUCAUCCCAAAUUCAAGAAAGAACUCCAGAAGCUUCUAUUCAGAGACAAGUCUCGACGUAUGAAUGGAACAUUUAAGACUACCGUAGGCACCGAAGCAUGUAAGAAUCACAGACAAAGUCAAGACUUUAGCGAAACUGAUGUAGAAGUGAUAGAAAUGAAAGACAUUCCAUAUAACAUCCCGAAUUUACGGAUGCAUAAUAUAGAAACCAUAUCGUCUAGAGUUUCCGAAAGACAAGGGUCACAAAGGUCCCAAGGAAGCGUAAGCAUGAAAAGUUUUGAAGAACAGGUUGUUCCCCCGCCAUCUUGGUAUUCGAAGCCAGAGUUCUCAAAAAAAAGAAGUUUUCAUCGACGUUUAACUAAAAGCUCGUUUUGA